AGAAUGCUUCCAGCAUUGGUUUUCUUGCCAAUUGCCGACAUUCCCGAGGCCUUCCAGGACCUUAUCGAGGUUUUCCCCACCGAUGUCUCACUCGUGGCGGACUACUUCGAGGACGUGUAUAUCGGGAAACCCCGUCGAAACUGCUUGCAUGUCGUCGGCCACCUUCCCUCCUCUGGUGUCGUCAGUCAGAGAAUCAACACUAGAAUAAAUGCCAAGGACGAACAACAGCAUCGAAGCGUGGCACCGGGGACUGCAGAGCAACGCGGGCUGAAGUUCUCCCAAUUAUUGGGCGUUCCUGGGCUGCAUAAAGAGGGAGCAGUCCUUGACAGAGAUGAAGCUGGCUCAAGCAGAGGGUUGCACGACAUCUUCGAGGGUAUCAAAGAAGCACGCCGACUGCAACCGGCGUCUUCAGAUCAUUGUGAGCCGCUACGAUGGUCGCAAUCGUCUUGAAACCUUGAGGGCGGCAG